AUGAAACCCGAGUCAUACGACUAUGUCAUUUGCGGCGCUGGGUCAGCCGGUUGUGUUCUUGCCAACAAGCUGAGCGCUGAUCCGCAUAACCGUGUAUUGCUGCUGGAAGCCGGCCCGAUGGAUCGCAAUCUGAUGAUCCAUAUUCCGGCUGGUGUCUAUUCUGCCUACAAGAAUCCCCGCAUUAACUGGAACUAUAAAACUGAAGACGAACCGCAGUUAGACGACCGCAAUAUCGAUAUGCCCAGGGGCAAGGUUAUUGGUGGUUCGUCGUCGAUUAAUUCCAUGGUAUAUAUGCGCGGCCACCCGGCGAACUACGACCGCUGGGCGAGCGAGUAUGGCCUGGACCAAUGGCGCUUUGAACACUGCCUGCCGUACUUUAAAGCCGGAGAGUCUAGCGACCGUGGUGAAGAUGAGUGGCGUGGCGCUGAUGGGCCGCUGGGAGUGAGUCAGUGCGACCUUGAUAACCCGCUGAUUGAUGCCUUUCUGGCGUCGGGUGAGCAGGCCGGACAAGGUCGCUCAGAGGAUUUAAACGGUUUCCAACCCGAGGGUGUUUCGCGCUUGGACUGCACCAAGAGAAACGGCCGCCGCUGCAGUGCUGCAGUGGCUUUUCUGCAUCCGGUGAUGCACCGUAAGAACCUGACACUUAAAACCGGCGCGAUGGCGAGACGGAUUGUGAUUGAACAAGGUCGCGCAGUGGGCAUUGAGUACCAGAUAAAGGGUGCGGUGCACGUUGCCCUUGCAGAAGCGGAGGUUGUUCUCUCUGGCGGUGCAAUCAAUUCCCCGCAGUUAAUGAUGGUUUCCGGCAUUGGCCCUGCGGACCAUUUACGCUCUGUGGGAAUAGAGCCGCUAAUUGAUUUACCCGGCGUUGGCCGCAACCUGCAAGAUCAUCCCACGGUGAUUAUGCAGGUCGCCUCCACCAAGCCGGUGAGCAUCGACUGGAUUGAAACGCCCCAUCGAAAGCUGAUGGCUGGCGCGCAGUGGAUGCUUACUCGCAAAGGCGUGGCGAGCUCUACAAUCUGGGAAGCGGGUGGUUUUGUUUUUGGAAACCGUGCGCAUCGCUAUCCCAAUUUGCAGUAUCACUUUGCGCCGGUGGGGUUUCGUUAUGAAGGGAACAGGAUGCGACUCAAUCAGGCGUUUGUGAUUCACAUUGAUCAAUUGCGACCGACCAGCCGUGGUCGAAUCGACCUGAAAUCCUCUAACCCGUUCGACAAGCCGGCGUUGCACUUUAACUAUUUGCAGACUGAAAACGAUCGUCGCGAACUGAUCGAAGGCAUCAAAGCCGCUCGUGAACUGAUUCGACAGCCGGCGUUUGACGCGUUGCGCGGAGCGGAGAUCUUGCCAGGGAAGGGGGCCACCAGUGAUGCGGAUAUUCUGGCAUUUAUCCGCAGCGCUACGGAAACAGACUAUCACCCGUGCGCAACCUGCCGUAUGGGAACUGACGAAAUGGCGGUGGUCGACGCCGAGCUGCGCGUGCAUGGCGUUGAGGGAUUGCGGGUUGUCGAUGCCUCGGUGAUGCCGGAGAUUAUCAGUGCUAACCUCAACGCGCCGACCCAAAUGAUCGCGGCACGGGCGGCGGACUUUGUUCUGGGGAACCAGCAGCGGCACCCUGUCAGCGCACGCUACCAUUUCAUGGAACGCUAG